AGCGGCAAAAGAUUGAAGAUAUUAAAAAGAAUAUUAGGGACGCCAUUUUAACGAUAACCAGUGCGAUGAGUACGUUAACGCCGCCCGUUACGCUGGGGGAUCCGGCGAACCAGAGCAGAAUGGACUAUGUCCUGGAAGUCUCGUCUUCCCCAGACUUCGAUUAUCCUCCGGAAUUCUACGAAAUCGUCGAAACUCUUUGGAAAGAUCGAGGCGUUCAACAGAGCUUCGAGAGGAGUAACGAGUAUCAACUCAUCGACUGCGCCAAAUAUUUUCUAGAUAAGGUAGCCAUCGUAAAACAGCCGGAUUACACGCCCACGGAACAGGAUAUCCUCAGGUGUCGAGUUCUCACGUCCGGCAUUUUUGAGACGCGAUUUCAGGUCGACAAAGUAAACUUUCACAUGUUCGACGUCGGUGGCCAGCGUGACGAGAGAAGAAAAUGGAUACAGUGCUUCAACGACGUUACGGCGAUUAUAUUCGUCACGGCGUGUAGUAGUUAUAAUAUGGUACUCAGGGAAGACCCUACAAAAUUGAGACUCAGGGAGAGUCUCGAUCUCUUCAAAAGUAUCUGGAACAAUCGGUGGCUCCGCACGAUCUCGGUGAUUUUGUUUCUAAACAAGCAAGAUCUAUUAGCGGAAAAGAUCAAGGCGGGCAAGCACAAACUAGAGGAUUAUUUCCCGGAAUUCGCGCGCUACCAAACACCGGUCGAGCCCGGGAUGGCGGCGGAUCCUUCGGAACUGCCGGACGUCAUAAGGGCCAAGUACUUUAUUAGAGACGAGUUUCUCCGCAUAAGUACGGCGAGCGGCGACGGCAAGCACUACUGUUACCCGCAUUUCACGUGUGCCGUCGACACGGAAAACAUCAAGAGAGUGUUCAACGAUUGCCGGGACAUCAUCCAGCGGAUGCACCUGCGCCAAUACGAGCUCUUGUGACUUCGUUCCUGCCGACGUCUCCUGUCAUCAUUCGUUAACCUGACGGUCACACGGUUCGUGCUGCAUCUCGAGUCGUUGCAGCCACUGCGAAUCAAAUGAGCGAGCGAGCUGUGGCCGUGAACCGUGGCCGCGAGGACUCGCGAGAGUUCCACAUGCCUGGGCGUAUUCAGAUAACGCGUAGGACUUGUUCGCCAGUCCAGAAAAGCCGACGAAAAGCCGUAGUCCGCGAAGAACGCGUCUGUGGACCCUGAGAGUGACUCUGCGCGAAUCGAUCGCGCUUCCCCUCGUCGACGAGAUUCAGAGACAGACGAGAGUCAGUACGGCGAUACGCUGCACCGCCGCACUGCCGCGAUCAACUCUCCGCUGUGCGAAUAGAAUCUGUCUGUCGCGUACGAAGCGAGUUCCUUCUCGCGCGGAAUAAAUUCGCGCCAAACUGCGAGCGAGGCACGACGCGAGAUGACCGCGCGUCGACGUCGAUACGUCGAUCCCGCGUGUCCUAGCACAGCGUGAGUCGCGCAGUUCGAUAAAAACGAACGAGCGGCUUCUCCAAGCGCCCGCGUAUUCUCGAUCACUCGACUCUCCUUUUGAGUUAGAUGAAAGAGUGUGCUGAACGCUCGUCGUCGUAUCCGAACGACGCGACGGCGGGAUUCGAAACGCUCUCUCGCGCCGUUCGAUCGCGCGUGUGAACCAUUACCUCGUUAAUUUUAUUCCUCUCGCACGUUAUUCCGCUUCGUGGCGGUACGCGCGAAUCCUGUCAUAAGCGUGGGCCAACGUCGUCGUCGGAUGUGAUUCGAGGGACGAUUCUCUUCGUUCAACACACUCUUGACGUGAAUUAUCGUUCAGAUUAGAGUUAAGGAUGUUUCCUAAGACUUAGGCGAACCUCUCCGGUAAAAAAAGAAGAAAGAAAAAAGAAAGAACUUUUAUCGUUUUUGACUUUCCUCCUUACUCGUUUCCGAAUCUCCGCUAUACUUUUGCCUCGCUCCCCUCCGUAUACAUCUCGCUUAGAAUCUCCGCGUCUCUUAUUUUCUUCGUUUUCUUUUGUUGAGCCUUCGACUUCCGAAUCUCGAUUCUUUUUAUUAUUGCAUUGGCCCGACCUGUAGGAGUCUCAGCCGCGUCCUUUUUACGAGAAGAGUAUUUUGUGAGAUUUUACAGUAUUUCGAAGAGCGUUUUAAUUAUAUAACUAUGUAUCGAGUAUAUGUACAUGGUGACCGUCCACGGAUUCUCAUCGUUUUAACGUACGUUUCUUACGAUCGAGAUCUUUCACGGAUAUGGAUUUCCCUUUUUUUCCACCGAUUUUAAACAGUAAAUCGAGUUACUUUUUUAAUUUCUCUGUACUUAGGCACGCGCGCUACCCGCAGUAGCAAUCGUCUGUAUAUCUAGCCCUAGCCCACGUAAGAAAUGUGCCACGUUCAAGUUCUUUGUUGCUACGCACGCAAGUAUAAUUUUGCGAUACAUUGCACGCGCACGGCGUUUCGAGACUUGUGUAAGGGUAAUCGUUUUUUUUUUUUUUUUUUUUUUUUUCACCCUGGAAUUCGCAUCUCGCAUUCUUUUUCAGAGAAAUUGUCGCGUCUCGAUGAUACGUGGUAACGUGUACAAAUUUUUACGUUCCUGAUCGAACGGUAUCGAUCACGCUAUCGAUCGUUUUUACGGUCCCGAAACGAGAAAAAGGCCGAUUUGCGAGAAAAUCUUAUUGCUUGCGCAUUGCCACUACAAAUACAUCCCACUUUCCUCGUCGUCGCUACUUGAACAUCCCGUGUGCGAUAAGCCAUGUCAAUUUUCCCUCGAUUUUCAUAUUAUACUUUAGUAUCAAAAAAUAACGAAAUGCUUGCGCGCUAAUGACGUAUAUACAUAGAUCAAGCAACGCAAUUUGAAGACGGCUAAUUAGCGGCUACUCCAGUCACCUUCCUAUUGAAAUACGGAAUUCAAAUAUUUUUUCGCUACAGUAUUUAAAAAUAAAUAAUCACAAAUUUAUAAUUGUAUAUAAUAAUUUUAUAAAACGAUGAAACUAUACAUACAUACAUAUAUUUUUUUGUGAGAGAUAUGUAUUAAGUCUGAAAAUUUGACAUGCAUUAAGAGAAAAAAGAUUGGCCGCGAUUGUAUUAAUGAAGAGAAAUAACAUAACGCAUAAAUAAUUAGGAUUAAAGAAUAAUAUAAUCUUACUAGCUUGGAUAAUGAUAUAUUGGAAAGAAAAAGAAGAUUUCGACGAAUGAGUCCUCGCACAUUUACAUUGUCAAUUAUCGACUUCAUUCUUGUUCUAGAAGAAUCGGGCAUCCUUGGUCUAUGUGCGUAUAUCAUUGUGUGCUUGCGUAUCGAGUUUAGAGGAUUAUGCAUGUGCGUAUACGAUAUAAUAUCACUGGUACGUUCUUCAUAUGUACAUACAUAGUUACGUACACAUCGUCAUAUAUCUCGUCGUCGCUUAUAAGAGUUUUCGGUAUAAUCGAAACAGAAAAGAAUCCCAUAAAAUUGCGCACAGCACGCUCGCAUACACACACACUUCACACACGCAUUGUUCGGUUAAUCUCUUAACUAUAUAUUGACACAAGGAUCUAGCAAAAGUAGAACCAUUUACAGUAAAAUUUUAGUUUUGAAUUGAUUAAAGUUUCUUUCGUGAUUAAUUCAUACCGUAGCUAUUUCAUAGCGAUUAAUGUUGCAAAUUCUGAUAGUUCAUGAACAGUUUAUAAUCGCAAUCUAUCUUGUUUCCAAUAGUCUAAUUUAAAAGAAUCUUUUUUGCAUGUUGUAAACGAAGGGUUAAUAUUAGCCGAUUACCGACUUGUCGUGAGUACCGAUUUAUCGCAUAAAUAACGGGAAUCAAAUCGAAGCAAGUAAAAUAAGAAUUAAAAAAUAUGAAAUGAGCGAGUUUCCGAGGGUUUUGUGUAACAUACUGUAAUACACUCGACCGUUAUUUCUGUUUUUCUUUAUUAACUGAUUGUUAAUCGUGUUUUUGUAAUAUUUUAUAGUCUAAUCUUUUUGUCGUGCCAAUUGAAACGGCUACGUUUCUGUUUGUUUCGCAAGAUUAUUUUUAAGGUUUAAGGAAUCUUAGUCUUGUUUUUUGCAAAUGCCUACGCAACUUUAUCUUCUCCUUAUCUCGCUAUUUUAUUCAAUGACAUUACACUGUAUUUUGUCCGCUCAACUUGUUACAUUAAUAUCUCGCGCGCGAUUCUUACACUUUUCACCGUAACCUGACGAGAAUAUAGGAAUCUCGGGGCAUUACAUAACAGGUAUCCUCUACAUGCCGACGUGUCUACAACUACGUAACUGUAACUUCAUACAAUAUCGAUGUACGAGUACAAGUACGUGAAGCAUGAUACCAAAAAAACGACCGUAAACAUCGCGAAGCAAAAUUCCUCUCCGCGCUUUGCGUCAUGUCUUAUUUCAUUUACUUAGCAACGGGUUAAAGAAUGGUAGAAUUAUGUUGGAAGAAUUUUAGCGUGUUCUUAUAAAGAUGGAAGAAUAAAAAUCAUUGAUACCGCAAUGUUCGGCGAAGAAAUGGAAUAAAUCGGUCGUCUUAAUGUCAUGUGUCUAAUUUGCACUUUUAUCGUACAUAAGUACGGACCGUACAGACAAAAGUCAUAGUUUGUAACAUUAUUUAUAAGUUCGCGAAACGUUAUUUUUACUACGACUGAUAGGGGGGGGGGGGAGAGAGAGAAAGAGAGAGGAGAGAAUCUCUUCGUGAUUAUCUAUCAAAUUUUCGUGAAACUUGAAUGUUCACAUUCGGCACAAAGUCAAAUGAAGGCGAAUAUAACGAGUAAUAAGUAUUUUCAUGCCUACAUUUCUUUCCUUUCUCCUCUUUUCUUCUCUUCUUCCAUAGUAGAAGAGAACAAGUAACGGGUACGCCCUAUUUUCUGAUUUCGAGAGGUUUAUGUAGCGACGUCGAACGGAAAUUAGCGCGAACAGGAGAUAAAUCGAAGUCACGUAAUGACGGAUUUCUGUUGUCCAUGCUACUGGCCACGACAGUAUGUACGUUUUGUGUGUAUUGUGUGCGUGUGUUAGUAUGCGUGACAUGCAAGGACAAUGUCGUUAUUAUUCACAGACCAUGAAAAAGAAAGAAUUCAUGAGUGUAUAAUGUAUCAUUUAUAUGUGUGUGUGUGUGUGUGUGUGUGUGUGUGUGUGUGUGUGUGCGAGUAUGCGUGUACGCAAAAGUGAGGUAGUCGAUGCGCGAUGUGCCGAAUAAAUAAUAGCUGAUUUACGUGGCCGCAACUAUAUAUGUAUAUAUAGCGCGACAUAUACAUACCUAUAUUACAUAUACAUAGACACCGAGAUCGCACAAGUUUUUUUUUUUUAUCGUACGUAAGAAGAAAAAUGGACAUGCGUAUAUUGUAUGCGAAAUAUAUCGUAAUUUGCGCAGAUUUAUUAUUAUUUGUAAAUACGACAGUGUCACAGAGUCUGUGUUAUCGAGGGAAAGCGAUGACGUGAUUUCGGACCCGUUCACAAUUGCGAGUCUUGUAAUUUGAAUCGCGGGUGAGUGACGAGCGACCGGUAAUGUCAGGGAAAGUCGCAUCGAAUCGAUGAAACGCCGUCACCUGUUGAUGAUCGAACGCGAGAUACACCAACGAGGGUCUGGGGCGAUCAUGAAUGUGAUUUAAGCCGAUAAUGGGCAACAUAUAAGAAAGCAAUGCGGUAUUACGCGAUACAAACGCCAAUUGUCGAUAAAAAAUAAGGAAGAUAAUAAAUGCAGCACGUUGCCCGCGAAGCGCAUUAUUGUUUCGUCUUUAGCAAUAUUCUUUGUGGACCACGUUGCCGAUUAUGUAGCCUUAAAUAGCGAAAGUGAAAGUAGACACGUGUGCAAUUGGAAUUAGCGUAACGUAAACGAGAAUAUAAGGAGAUCCGAAGUAACAGUGUUAACAAGGAGCCGUAAUUACGAGCUAUUGCACGUAACUAUCUGUGUCAGAAUUUUGCGGUUCGUGGCUCAGUUGCGCUAACUCGCUUAUCGCCAAUUUUGGUUUAGUCUAUUCCCUCCAAAUGUAGAAAAAGAAACAGCUAAUGGAAAGACAAUACAAGAGUUUCAAAAAGGAAACGUCUAAAAUUA